UGUGUGUGAGAGAGAGAGAGAGAGAGAGAGAGAGAGAGAGAGGAGGGGGGAAUAUAUACAUUUAGAUUCAUAUAAAUACGCAUCACUGGCUUAUAGGGUAAACUUAGUGGUUUCGGAAGAGGAAGAUAGACUAUAUCUCUUGUCAAGAGAAGAAGAACCUGGAGAUUCUUCUGUAGUUGCAAUGGAGAGCCAGCGGGACGGUGACGUUUCGACUCGCCCCACGAAGGUCUACUCCGAUGAUCAAUUAGCCAUUGAAAUUCCUGAAACUGCUCAUCAGAUUAGCAGCGAUUCAUGGUUUCAAGUCGGUUUUGUUCUUACGACUGGUAUCAACAGUGCUUAUGUGCUGGGGUAUUCAGGUGCAGUCAUGGUUCCUCUUGGUUGGGUAGGUGGAGUUGUCGGUUUACUCUUAGCUACAGCGAUAUCACUAUAUGCAAAUGCUCUCAUUGCAAAGCUUCAUGAGUUUGGUGGGAAGAGGCAUAUCAGAUACAGAGACCUUGCAGGAUUCAUAUAUGGCCCAAAGGCUUAUUCUCUUACAUGGGUGUUGCAAUACAUAAACCUUUUCAUGAUCAAUGUCGGCUAUGUCAUUUUGGCUGGUCAAGCUCUUAAGGCUACCUAUGUACUCUUCAGGGAUGACAAUGCCAUGAAGCUCCCAUAUUUUAUUGCAAUGGCAGGGUUUGCUUGUGGCCUUUUUGCAAUUUGUAUCCCUCAUCUGUCGGCUUUGAGGUUUUGGCUGGGACUUUCAACAUUCUUCAGUCUAGUAUAUAUCGUUAUAGCAUUUUCCCUGUCUCUUCGUGAUGGAAUUAAAGCUCCACCCAGGGACUAUGGCAUCCCCGGGUCAGACAUAAACAAGGUCUUUACAACUAUUGGUGCUUCUGCAAGUCUUGUUUUUGCUUUCAACACGGGAAUGCUUCCAGAGAUACAGGCAACAGUGAGACAACCGGUUGUUGGGAACAUGAUGAAAGCUCUCUACUUCCAAUUUACAGUAGGAGUUGUGCCGUUAUACGCUGUUGCCUUCAUGGGUUAUUGGGCUUACGGGAAUGAUGCAUCUGCUUAUUUGCUCAACAGCGUUAAUGGUCCAGUUUGGGUGAAGACAUUUGCCAAUUUAUCUGCCUUUCUUCAAACUGUCAUAGCUUUGCAUAUUUUUGCAAGUCCAAUGUACGAGUAUCUGGAUACAAAGUACGGGAUCAAAGGAAGUGCGUUAGCCGUAAAAAACUUGUCAUUCAGAGUGAUGAUGAGAGGCGGUUACCUAACCAUAACCACCUUACUUGCGGCGGCACUGCCAUUCAUCGGAGAUUUCAUGAGCCUAACCGGAGCUAUCAGUACCUUCCCACUUACAUUUAUUCUUGCAAACCACAUGUAUUUGGUGGCUAAGAGGAACAAGCUCACUUCUAUGCAGAAGGCAUGGCACUGGCUUAAUGUGAUUUUCUUUGGGUUCAUGUCUGUUGCAGCAGCAGUUGCUGCAAUGAGGCUUAUUGCUGUGGACUCCAAAAAUUACAGCAUAUUUGCUGAUAUAUAAUUUGUAGGUUUCAUUGUAAUUUAUUGGGAUAUCUAAAUUGUGUCCCAUUUAAAAAACCAUAUUGAAUAACGUUUUAAAUGAUAAUAUAUACAAGUUUAGUAU